GACUAUUUGUGAAUUCUUACUGUUAAUACGUAGGUAGAUAAUUUGUUGGGAAAAUGCUUUAUUUCCACAUUGAACUAUACGAGAACGUUGAGACACAUCCGAACUUUAGAGGGCGUAUUAUCCUUGAUUAAUUAAAAUCAUAUUUUUAACAACUUUAGUACCUACAUGGCAUACACGUGUGCCUAUGUGAACCUUCAGUGUGUUAUGUCACGUACGCACUAAAGUUCGGAUGUGUUUCAGCCUUUUCGCGUAUAGUUCAAGGUGAAAAUAGAGUAUUUUCUCUAAUUUGUUUUCACUUUUACUUGUCACGUUUUAACAUUUUAAUUCACGAGAGUCAGUUUGAUAAUUUUUAGAGCAACAUUAAAUUGUAUUAAUUCAAUAUUUUAAAUCUUAAUAUUCGAAAACUAUAAAAAAAAGUAAUCUUUAGAAUGUUGUUCAUAAAUUCAUGCAGCAGUUUGACUCUCGGAACAAGUUUAAAGUGAACAGAGGGAUUAUUAGUUCCACUCAAUGUUCUAACAUGCUUGUCAAAUAAACUGAAAAACAGAAUGAGGAGAUAAAUAUGUUUAUGGAUAUGGAAUGAUUGUUCGAUUCUAACUUUGUGUAUUGUUUGUCUCAGAGUCAGAAAUAGUGUAGCUGAUUAUGGGGGAUGAGGUACCAGUGCCACAGCCACUGCAUUAUAUGCCAGAAGUGAUUCUAAAGAAGAGGAAGAGCAAUGAAGCAUGGCCAAUUAGAAGGAAACUUCCGCUGGAACACAAAGUCAGAAAGCUCAUAUCUGAGAGUUUUGUUAUCAAGAAGCCCCAGCAGUUUAUUUGCGAGUAUAGAGAUAAGGAAAUGGACCUUGUCCAAAUGAAACAAAGGGGAAAAAGAAGAACCAAGGGAGCAAUGACGUCAGAUUCCAAACUUAUAUUCGUAAUAUGCAUCGGAGGGAAAAGUGAUAUGCAUCCAAGAAAAUGGAAGUUUUUAUACUCUUUGCGGUUGCGAAAGAUCUUCAGUGGGGGCUUUGUAAAAGGAAAUGAAAGAACAAUGGAGAUUCUGCAAAAGAUACCCCAAUCUGAAGAGCGUGAAGGAUCUGAUCUACAAGAAAAGUUCUGACACUGGGCCAGUAUGGAAUUAUAUGCAUAGAGGACGUUGUGAGAGAGAUUGCUAGUGUCGGUCCACACUUCAAGGAGGUCACUAGCUUUCUGUGCCCCUUUGUUCUCACCAAGCCAGAUGAAGCUUUGAAGGGUAAGAAGAGACGAUACAAUGAUGGGGGCUAUUCAAGAAAUCGUGAGGAUCACAUUAAUGACCUAAUCUCUAAGAUGAAUUAGCAAAAGACCCCAAGGUUUCCAGAUCAAAUUUUUGUUAAGUGUGUCAUCAUUAUGGUGUUGGUGUGGGUUUUGUAAGAUGGAGCACUUAAAUCACUGCUAGAAUCCUAGGUGUGAUUCCUUUUCCUCCACCCAUCCAUGUAUCUCAUAAGCUUAGUAAUUGACUGCUGCUUAGUUCCGUCUCAAGCCAUUAAAAGGUAUGAAUUGUAUCGUCUUUCCAUUACUGAACCAGAUACCUUCCUACUGCAGAAGCAAAAACGUCAGAAGUGGUUCUCUACUGUGGGCAAAUGUUGCUUGUAAAUACAAGAUAAAUAGAAGUGUAUUCUUAUCAAAGAAAAAGAACCGUAAACAGACAGAGGCUUCUCUUCUGAUUAACGGGGAAAUUUUAGACAAAUCAGAGGCAACCGUACAUAACAUUAAAAAAACUUUGCCUGGCGCAGCUCAUGUCCCUUGUCCAAAGGUGUUUGCAUACUUCCGCUAUGAGAAAAAAUGAGAUGAAAGUCUCUGGAACGGUUAUGAAUGAGAAAGAAGUGAGGAAUUCACUUUUUGACCCUUGAUUCAUAUGCCCUUUGUCGAGUCACUUCUUGUUCAGCUUCGGUCCACAUUGUAGUUAUUUUAAACAUCAGCGCCAUCAAUGUUGUCCCUCCAACAUCGAGAACAUACUCCAAGGCACAAGAGGAUGUUCAUUCCCAGUUAUCUUCUCUCAUUUAAUCUAUAGAUCAACUCAUUGAGCUGACUUCUGGAACAACUUGAAUUUCACCUCCUAUGAACCACGGAAGGGGCUUAAUAAGUAGCAACAAUCCAAGGUUGCAACACCAAAUGGACUCAUGUAACAAGAUUACAAGGUGAGAAAGUGUAGAACAACAUUAAGGUCUUAGGUGCCAGCUUUUCACUCCGUUAGUAGACCUCUAUUAGCCCUUUACUUUCUGAAAGUACACAAGUCAAUGUCGCCAUCAAAUUAAGUUUGGUUGUGUAUCAUCCAGCUAUGCUUCUUGUAAGAAGCCAUAGAGAGACAGCUGGUUGCACAAGCUGUUGAGCAAACCAGGUCAUAUUUGUUUCCAUAAUUAUGCUCAACUCAUGCUCAGUUUCCGGGCCUAAUCAAAACAUCAACAUUAAUGAACUGUAACAAACCUCUUUAAUUCUCUGCCUGGAGAAAAAGGGCUAGUCAGUAUCAGUUGAAACCAGAAAUAAGCAAGUUCAAGAGCAUAUUGGUCUUGCACUUUGGAUAGAAAUCGAAGAGGAGUCAUUAAGCUUGCAACCCACAGAAGAUUAUUCCUAUCCACCUUUCAAAAACACAACCAGCAUCUGCAUUCAGCACAAUAUUGGAACUUAAAUGUCCUGCUUCAAACAACGUACAAUUGGGUUGAAUGUAACUCAUUAUCAACUCCAUAGUCAAAAUCCCAGAAAUAUGCCUACACUGCAAGUUUUUUCUACGACAGGAAAAGGAAUUCACUAUUGCAAGGACACAAUACAAGCAAAAUGGACAAUUUUGCACACAUGCAAUAGCUACCAGCUAAUGGUUUGAUACAUGAAAGCUUCAGCAGCAAUGGAUAUUUUACUCCACGAGAUCAAAAUCCUGUGUUGAAGAUGGUAACUAUUUCAACCUUACUCUUUAUAAAGCUCAGUCUAGAAAUCAACUUUUCCGUCAAUGCCUUUGGCAUCAGUCAGCACCAUUAGAUCUUUCACUGGUUAACGGAAUAAUGGGUUUUUUGACUUGUCAGAAGCCAUGAGAGAGACCCCAUGGUUUCACACAUCUUUGAGCAAAAUAAAGGUCAAAACAGUUGCCAAAAUGGGUUUGAACUGCUGAUCAAUUGUCAAACCUAAUCAGGAAUAUUUACAACAAAAUGAACAGUAACAAUCCUCCCGACAUUCUGCUGAAAUAAUGAAAAAACAUGCCAUUUCAGCUCAGACCAGAAAUGAGCAUGGUAAGAUUUCAGUAGUCUUACACUAUGGUAGGGUUCAAUGGGAGUCAUUAAAUUUGCACCCCAUCGAUCAGAAAAAUAUCUCACAUCACCUGAUCCUUUUUCUUUUUUGACAAGACUCCUAAUCAAAUGAUCUUUCAACUACGUAAACCAGCAACAUGUGCACUGGAGUUUGCAUGCCCUGCUUCAAACAUCAUAACAGGUAAUAGGACUUGUGAGUUGGAAGUCUAAAGUAACUAUCGUUGAAUGGCUAAAUGCCAAACUACAAGUCUUUCAACUGAUGCUAUCACUGCAUAAGGAAACAAAACAAAGCUAAAAUUUAACAGUGAUGCUGAAAUACGUAAGACUGGCUAACAGUAUGACAGAGGCAAUAAUUAUAAAUUGUGUCGAUCCAUUCAUGCUUUUCGUUUUAAAAUUAGGGGAAAUCAGAAAAUGUGUCAUGAUAUAUAUAAUACAAGCAGUGCAAGAAUAUAUUCCUCCUUGUUUAAUCUAUCGGAUUACCAUUAAACCAGUUCCCUACAUACAAUAUUCUAUCCGGGUGUGCUCAUUUGACAGAUAAUCUAUAUCGAAUACAGGAAAAAGUGCUCAUUUGACAGAUAAUCUAUAUCGAAUACAGGAAAAAGUCAAAGCAACAACAACAUACCUAGUAUA